AUGGCUCCCGUAGGUGACGAAGAUGAGGAAGUUUGGGAUCUUCUGGCAGGCAGUGCAGUUGAGAGCCAGGUAGGUUGUGUCAGCGUGUCGCUGGAACCUGAAUCCCGGGAAGCUGUCCCUGAUCUGCCAGCUCCAAAGCCGUCCCCAAAGCCGCAAGCGGUGGAGCCAGCACCUGUGCCGGUCACCGCCCCGUUCAGAUCGAGGACGAGCGCCAACCGACGCAUACCCGCAGAGAUUCUCAGUAACGACGAGCUGAAUCUCUGCAUCGCGGCAAGUCUUCCGCGGACGCACGACUUUGAGGUUCACCGCUCUGUUUGGAAGUUGCAGCGUGCCGGUGCGCGGCAUAUAGGCCUGCAGCUGCCGGAGGGCUUGCAGGGCUGGGCGACAGCGUUAGCCGACAUCUUCUCACGCUUCGUCCCGACGGUCGAAAGCAGCACCAUCUUCGGAGAUGUAACUUUCGGUGCCUGUUGCAUAGACGACCUUGGUGCGUCUGCGCUGGGAGUCGAUUUUCUUAUCCACUACGGUCAUUCUUGUAUUGUGCCCACAGACCAAACGACCGUCACAACUUUGUACGUCCACGUAGAGGUCGAGGUGGACGUGGAGCACUUGGUGGACACCAUUCGGCAUAACUUCGCACCCGACAAGCGUCUGGCCUUCAUGAGCAGCGUUCAGUUCUCAUCGGGCAUGCUGCAGGCAGUGGACGAGCUUCGAAAGGAGGCAGAUGACGGGAUUGCGAAGGCCCCACAGGUGAAGCCAUUGGGUGUUGGAGAAACUCUAGGCUGCACGUCGCCCAAUGCUGGCGACGUUGAUGCAGCAAUUUUCGUUUGCGAUGGCAGAUUCCAUCUUGAGAGCGCCAUGAUUCAAAAUCCGCACUUGCGCGGAAACUUCUUUCGAUAUGAUCCGGCCUGCCUGACGCUAACGCGAGAGGGCUUUGCGCAUGACGAGUUGCACUCGAGCCGACGUGCUGCCAUUGCGGCUGCGAGGGAUGCGCAGUUGGUGGGUCUGGUCCUGGGGACCCUCGGACGGCAGGGAAGCGUUGGAGUGCUGGAAGAGAUUGAGCGACUGCUCAACCAGCGAGGUAUUGCGCACUUCACCAUUCUUUUGUCGGAGAUUUCACCCGAGAGGCUUUCUCUUAUGCCCAAGGUCGAGGCGUGGGUUCAAGUCGCUUGCCCCCGGCUGUCGAUGGACUGGGGGACUUCCUACGACAAGCCGCUGCUGACGCCCUACGAAGCUCACGUGGCUUACGGGGGCCUUGCCUACAAAGAUGUCUAUCCUAUGGAUUACUACUCCAACAAGGGUGGACCUUGGGCGAACUAUGGCGCCCACAACGGCCAUGGAGGAAGCGUCGGGCAAAAGUUCCGCCACCUGGGCCAGAAGAACCGGAGGCACAUGGAAGUCGAGUAUGACUGA